AAUUGUUAUUGAAUGUGGGGUUUCUCUCGGGCGGAACGUUUCUCCGCGGACCCUGGGAGCCGGGGGAAGGGGUUAGAGCGCGGACUGGAAGAUGGCGCUGUCCUGGGAUGUUGAGGCCAGGAAUGGGCUUCAGGAAUUCUUCACCCAUGAGACAUACACUCGCUACUCCAUGGCCCCAAACCUCAGCGAGUUAUGGGCUUUAGUGAGCAGGCAAAGAGAGGAAGAUGCCACGCCUCCUGACCCACCAGAAACGCAGCAGGCCUCGAAACCGAACGUCCAACCUGAACCCUCAACUCCGGCCAGUCAGCCCACCAAACCUUCAGUGAUAUCGUUUCCGCUCCCUGAACCCCGGGUGCCCUAUCCCCGCUUUUCCUCCCUCUGUGAGAAGGACCAACGAACUUAUGUGCAGUUAAUGGAAAAAUACAAGAACGUGCAAAGAAGUGGGCGGAUAUCGAGAAAAAUGAUGACCCAUCUCGCACAAUAUUCUGAGCUGAAGAAUAUUAUAUGGAAUGAACUGCCGGAAUUUAUGAAAUAUCUGCAGAAUGUGGCGAGAGUAUGCGCUGACGAUUACAAUAUCAUCUGUCCUGAUGCUCUCCAUUACGCUGAGGAGGUUAUCAUGGCAAAGAAUGAACUUGUGAAAAGUUAUCCUGAACUUUACACUGUCUCCGAAACGAUCAGCAUUAUGGGAGGUAAAUUCAUCCCAGACCUGGCUCUCCAACUGGAAAAGAAGCUCCUGUGCCUGGGAAAGGCUUCAUUUCUGCGAGUACCAACUCACGUUACCUUAAACCAGUUGUCAACAGAUUAUAAAACGAUCACUGCGUUUAGUCCUCCCUCAAAGCGGGUAGCUGCUUGUCAAGCCGAAAUUAGCAAUGAUGAGAAUGCAGAGAAGUUGAGCGUGAAAUAUGGAGCGAAGGUGUCUCUCACCAGUCAGGCGUUGUUCACUCUGUUGAAUAAUUGUGCACCAAACUAUACAGAACCCUGGGAAAUUCCAGUGCAUGUGAAAACUGUCUCUGGCAAAGGAGGUGCGUUGGUGAAAGCUGUCUUCAUUGACUCACCACUUGUAAAGAAAACCCUCACGGUGAGAGAGAAGAACCAACUGUUUUAUGAAGCUCCUCUGGAUCUGUUGAUGACUAAAAGAUAUUAUGUAGCUGUGUCAAGCAUGACAUUGGACAAACCUGAAAGACAUGACAUCUUUGAGGAAAAAGACCUUCCUUCCUGUGACCAGAGAAAUAUCAGCACAUGUGAAAGCAGAGACUUUGAUCUUGCUGCUGACUUCAGUGAACUGGAGACAUUUGCGUCGAUCGUCUCUAAUGUGGCGAGCACAAAGUGCGCGGACGCGACGAAACGUGCCUCGGUGAGCGGUACGCCUCUGUAUUCUCCUGAGGGCGGUAAGAAGGAGGCAAACACCGGGAACUCAGAUCCCCUGGAGAUCACCAAAAAGAUAAUGCAGCAAAAACGACUCGACUUCAGGGUGUCCAAACACAGUUGUGACAGGGACUCGACCACGGAUGAGAUGACUGACUGUGAGGAGAGGUGCAAAUCAGACCAGCAGAAGAACCCAAUGAAAUCGGACCCUGAGCAUGAGAAUGAAUGUGAAGAAGGCACGUUACCAGGCACAGAGUCAGAGGAGGUGGCCUUGGCUAAGGGACUGGCAUCAGAAAGCUUUGCUGACAGUGAUUCCGACUGUGAGCGACUGGUUAUUGACACAGGCUUUGCGGAAAGCCACGUGAAGACUGUUCGAAGUCCCUCCAAAUCCGUCCCAGAGAAGCUCGGCUGUCAGAGUCCCAAAGACGUCAUUCCAGACACCCCUCGAUCGCCAUCCCCCGAGCCAGCCAGUAAGCAAACACUGAAAGCCACCACCCCCAGGCGGAAAAGGAAGGCGUCUAAACCCCUCUCGAAGGAGUUUGACCCGGUUGGGCAGAUUAUGAAGAUGCAAUGUGAACUGCUCAAGCCGAGUCCCAAACGUCAGGUGGAUCAGCCGAAAGUAACCCAAGAACCAAACCCAGCUCAUCGCCAGAUACCGUUUGACAGGAAUCCGACAGCCUUGAAGAAUUCCGGAACCUUCGGGAAUGUUGCCAGCUCCUGGUAUGCGGCAGCCCAGAAGACCAGGCCAAGUCUCCUCUCAGAAGAGCUCCUGAGCUGCAGUGAAAAUGAGUUAGAUUACACAGCUCCACCGUUUGGGAACGUCACCUACAAACUCUUCAGGUUGUCCGAUAUCCUGUUACUCGUCCGUGGUCACGUUCACAAAUCGCAGAUCAGACCUCGCUCAAACAAAGGGGCAGUGAAGAAGCACGUCCCUAUUUGUUUGUUUCCUAAACUGGAAUAUCAGCUGGCCUACGGAAUUGAAGCCUUCACUGACAGUGAAAUAUGUCAGUUAUGGACUGAGAGCUUACUCAAUUCAAAUGCCUGGUUUUAUAUUGGUCAUAUUGAUAUCUUCACGUCAAAGUUGAUUUUAAUUGACCAGUUCCCAGCAAUCUCCGUGGCGGAAAGGUUUGGAUCCUUUAACCCUUUAAGCUCAUUAAACAUCCUGCACAAUAUACUGAGAAAGGUUUCAAGUUUAUCAGAGGGCAAAUACCUGUUGAGUCACUCCUCGGGAGACUCGUCCAUAACCAUCUAUCGCAGCUCUCAAGGAGGGAAGUACACCAGAGCAGCCUACAACCUCCAUGCUGCCCACAGCACACUCCCUCCGCCUCCUUCGACUCUCUCAGUGCCCUGGGUACCUCUGGAUCCCAAUAUGUUACUGCCUUAUCACAUCCACCACGGCCGAGCUCCCUGUACCUUCCCUCCCAGGCCCUCGGAGGAGACUCCGAGCCAGCAGAUGGGUGUGGCCAAAGCAAACAGAAACGUUCCUGCUCAAAGUAAGCCAGUUGCCGUGGAAACGAGGAGUCAUCCCCCACCGGCUCAACCCGCUGGAACCGGGGGGGCGGCGCCAAAGAGAAAGAAGAAUAAAGGGAAGAGAGCGAACCGAAAACAGUGGUGGAAAGAAAAGAAGAUGAAGGCGCAGGGCGUAAAGUGCCAGUGAGGCCUGGGAGGGGGCAUAAGGUGGUGCCAGGGCUGGGAUUGGCAUUAACUCACUGAGGGAUGACAGCCUUCCUGUUUCUCAAAGCAUGCCACGACUGCCAGGCCUGGUCAGCCUUCUCCUGGGCCUGGUCAGGUCUGAAGGAAUCGUCAGAGGGCCAAUCUUUCAGCAGCAACACCUUGCCCGCAGCCCCCCCUCUCCUCCCCAUCCUUGCAAGGACCAGGCAUUGACUUGAGAGCGUAACCUUGCUCUGGUAACCGGUCGCAAGGAGCGAGCACUGUGAAUCUGACUGGCCGGUUUAGAAAGGACGGGCACAGAUUCAAUUCUGCUUUCUCAAGUUAAAAAUGAGGUCACCCGCCAAGUUCAGCUAAUUCUGUUUUAAAUGAGAUUCAAUCUCCACUGUCCCGAGAUGCAGCUCAGCUGAAAGAUGAUUUUCUUUUGCAAUGUGGUUACAGUGAACAGAGUUUGGAGAGUGACUCAUUGACUGGCCGGCCGUUAAGGGUGUAGCCUUUGGACUCAUUUCAGAAACAAAAAGCCUCAUUCAAGUCACUACACAGCCUGACAUCUAAGCUGUACACAGUAUGUCAACACUCCAAAUCAGAGGCUUCUCAACACAUUUC